UUCCUCCCCAGCAGCUUCUGCAUGUACACCACGCUGGUGGCGAUGACGGGCUGGUUCACCGAGAGGACCGCCGUGGCCGUGCUGGGCGUGGCCGCCGGAGCCAUUGCGGGCUGGCCCUUCAGCGCUGCCCUUGGAUUGCCAAUUGCUUUUGACCUGUUGGUGAUGAAGAGGAAGUUUCGGUGUUUUAUCACCUGGGCGGUCGUGGCGUUGAUACUGUUUUUGCUCCCCCUUGUGGCGGUGGACAGCUACUACUAUGGGAAGUUGGUGGUGGCUCCUUUGAAUAUCGUGCUUUACAAUGUUUUCACCCCUCAUGGGCCGGACAUCUACGGGACGGAGCCCUGGUCAUUUUACUUCCUCAACGGGUGCCUAAACUUCAACGUGGUGUUCGUCCUCGCCCUGUGCGCCCUGCCCCUGACCACGCUGAUGGAGUUCCUGCUGCAGCAGUUCAGCGUGCACAACCUCGGGCGCCCUUACUGGCUGACCCUCUCGCCGAUGUACAUAUGGAUCCUGAUCUUCUUCACUCGACCGCACAAGGAGGAACGCUUCCUCUUUCCCAUCUACCCGCUCUUCUGCCUCUGUGGGGCAGUGGCCCUCUCAGCGCUACAGAAAUCGUACCACUUCCUGUUCCAGCGGUACCGGCCGGAGCACUAUACAGUCUCCUCCAGCUGGCUCGCUUUGGGCACGGUCAGCCUCUUUGGGCUGCUCUCCAUUUCCCGCUCCGUAGCUCUCUUCAGAGGUUACCACGCACCCCUUGACCUUUACCCAGAGUUCCACCGGAUCGCCACUGACCCAAGUACCCAUACGGUUCCCGAGGGAAGGCCAGUUAACGUUUGCGUUGGCAAGGAGUGGUAUCGUUUCCCCAGCAGCUUUCUCUUACCUGACAACUGGCAGCUUCAGUUUGUCGCUUCGGAGUUCCGAGGGCAGCUCCCAAAGCCCUUCGCCAAGGGGCGAAAAGCAACUCGGAUCCAUCCCACGGACAUGAACGACCAAAACCGCGAAGAGCCCUCGCGAUACGUUGAAGUCAGACACUGCCACUACCUGGUGGACCUCGACACCGAAUCAGAGACUCCGCGGGAGCCAAGGUAUUCUGCGAAUAAAGACGAGUGGAUGGUCAUUGCCUACAAACCGUUUUUAGAUGCCAAGAGGUCGUCCAAGCUGUUCCGUGCGUUCUACGUCCCCUUCCUGUCGGAUCAGCACACGACGUACGCCAACUACACCAUCCUGAAACCCAAGAAGCCGCGGCCAGCGUGGAAGAAGGCGGGGGGCUAGGGCAGCGCCCCCCUCCUGGGAGAGCCGGGUGAGGAAGGAAUCCCGCCCGGGGACCAGAGACAUUGGGGUCCUUUUGACUUGUCGAUGUAUUCCCCCUGCCGCCUCCCGCCACCCCCGAGUCAGCCGUUUGCUGUUUACGUUCCUGCUUGUCCUGUGAUUACGUCAGUCGAUUGUGCCCUCCGACUGUUUGCUGAGGGUGGUAUUGGUUUGAGCUGCUGUCGAGGGCUUAUUGCCCCCAAUGCCGGUCUAAGUGUGUCCCCCCACUCCCCUCACUCUCAAGUCCUUUCCUCUCGUUCCCAGUCCUCGAUCUGAAACUUGUUUCCCCUCCACACAUCAGCCUGAGUGUUUCCAGUGUCUCCCGCUGCUGUUCUAGAUUCCCCGGUGUCUGCCGACCUUCUGACUGUUGUCUGUUGUCUGUCGGAGCGAGGUAUGGUGUCUGCCUCUCGGCCGGAGUGGUGGCUGGGACCAGAAGGCACACUACACUCUCCGCUUCGACCCCGUCGAGAGGCUCUCUUUACUUUCGUGAUUCGGACCACCUCUUCUUUUUCUUUGGGCCAGGUGACCACAGUCUCUUUUCAGCCGUUGAUGAGAAAUGAACUGGAAUGUAAAUAAAAUUAUAUUGC